AUGUAUGUGACCUCAUUUAAUGGACCCAACUCCGAGUCUCUUUUCUCCAAGGGACUGAGAGAAGAUCCUUGCUCCGAGUCUCGCCUCCGCGGUAAGGUGGAUCGAAAUGGUCUGCUUAAGCGACUGGAUUACGCGGACUUGAAAACCCACCUACAAGCAUACAAACUGGUCAGCCUCAGUGUUUUGAGUCUUGUCAUACCACUUGCGCUACACGACUUCCACAAUUCCGAGGCAGACAACAAACUGGAUGUUGCACUAUUUUCGAAGUAG